AAGUGAUAACAAUUAAAAAAUAUUUCGACCAUAUUGCGAUAAACGGAAUGUCAGUUAUUUGGCGCGUUAAAAUGCGUUCGGAUAGUUGCACUUGAAUGAACAAUAGUGUCUUUCGGUUUUAUAAUUGUCAAAUUAUCCGUAGCGAUUCGUUAUUUUUUGAGAAAAAACAUUAACGAUGUUACGUUGUGUUACUUAAAAUUGAACUUGUUUUUGUUUUGGAAAAUAUUUGCAAUAAAUCAUCAUUACAAAAUGUUUAUGUUUGGAUAUAGAUAAAUUUGAAGUCAAUCUUAUGCUUUUUAUGAAAGUUUCAAUUUAUGACUUACGACAAUAAUUUAAAGAACUGUAAAACAGUGCGAAAUAGUGAUAUGGUUUGAGAAGAAAUAAAAAUGGCGACUUGUCCACGUCGAGAGCGCCCUCUACGCGCCUCGUCUGCGAGGUUGAAAUAUUCUAAGACGAUUCCAGCUAGUACUGUGAGCGCGAACACGGCAAUGGACAAUGACGUCACACCCGUGUACCUAGCUGCACAGGAGGGCCAUCUAGCGGUGCUCAAGUAUUUAGUCCUGGAGGCGGGAGGGCGGCUGGAUGCGAGGGCACGCGAUGGAAUGCUGCCUAUACAUGCGGCUGCACAGACUGGCUGCUUGGAUUGCGUGAAAUGGAUGAUCGUCGAGCGUGGCGUGGACCCGAACGCUAGAGACGGGGACGGGGCUACUCCCCUGCACUUCGCAGCAUCACGUGGCCACCUGGCGACAGUCCGCUGGCUGCUGCGUCAUGGAGCCAGACUGCAUCUGGACAGACAUGGCAAGAGUCCCAUCAAUGAUGCAGCUGAGAAUCAUCAUUUAGAGUGUUUGAAUGUGCUGGUGGCUGCCGGUGCGGCUGGAGACAACAAGCAACUGUCUUCGUAUAAAGCAGUCCAUGCCUGCGCUUGCACUCCUGGAGAAGCACGUUGCGCGCUAACCGGUUGCGUGAACGCGACCACCCGUUCCCCGUUCUUCCUGCACGGACCAGACAGGAGUUCUCCCCGUGAGAGACGUGCCUCAGUUUCAACCGUGGGCUCUAUAAGUUCUGCGCGAUCUGGACCAGCUGAUGGCCUGUAUGUGAACCCCAUGCAGAGAGCUGUGAACCAUGCGUCUUCGGGAGAAGAGAGUUCAGAUCACACAAGCAAGCAUUCCACAGCGUGCUCCGCGUCGGACGCGGACACGGCGUCGGGCUGGUUCCUGCACGGGUCGAACGGCGGCGGGGCCCCGGCCGCGUUGUACCAGCGGGUCCGGGACCUGUUCCAUGCGCGCUCGCCGGGGCCCCGGGGCCCUGCGGAGGGACAGGAGGCACCUACUGUUACAGUAAAAGCUGAAAUCCACGGUAUAAAAGAAGUGACGUCCACCCAAGAGCAGUCGGACAGCGACAGCGGGGCGGAGGCCACGCGACGAGAUCACCACUAUGAGGAUAUCUAUCUUGCACGAGAGGAACAUCAGAGGAGGAGGAGCAGUUCCCGAGAUUCCGGCAGCCACAGUCGGCCGGGAAGCGCAGGACUCGUGGUUGAUUAUGAUACUAAAGAUAACAUGAAUGACGCCUCGAGCAAAAACUACGAAGAGGUAUCACCGCCGCCAUCGGAGACGCAAACUAAAUCUACCAUCGCGACCAAACUCGCUGCGCUCACGCAUAAAGCACAGAACUUCGCCAGUCGCAUAUCAUCAGCGGCUGGGAGCCGUCGAGCCUCAGUAUCCGACGAUACCACAGUGGUUCAAGCCUCUGCAUCAUCAGGGGUCUCCUCUGGAGGUAGUUCUGGGGACGAAGCACCACCCCCACCCCCUCCACCACCCCCACCGGCUGUGCUGGAGGAACCCGCGCUGAAACCCUCGGAACUGAGGAGUAGGCUUGGGGGGAGGCGCGACUCGUCCGCAGACGACGAGCGACCGCGCGGGCCGAACCUCGUGAACAAGCAACCGGCGCUGCCGUUCGUGCCACCCGCGUUCCCGCACAACGCGCCGGACCGGCUCAUCAAACCCUCGGAGUAUCUGAAGACAAUCACGGCGCCCUGCAAGCGGGACGACAGCGCGGCGGAGGCCCGGCCGCCGGCGCCCCCGCCCGCGCCCGAGCCCGUGCCCCCGCCGCCGCCCGCGCCGCCCCUGGCUCAUCAACCCCUGGCGGCCAUCAGCAGCGCGGAGCUCACAGCCGUGCGCCUUAAAACGACGGUCACCAAGACCCUCUCGGCGCCGCCCACGCGCUCCGUCAGCCUGCAGUGCCUUCCAACCGCGGCUGAGAUAUACAAAAAUGCCAAGACAGACCUGAUAGAAGAACUGAAGAUGUCGAAGGACAUUACAGGCAUCAAGAAGCUGAAGGUGGAACGAGCGAGGCGCGAGAGCCUGCAGGACAAGGAGACGUUCACGGAAUUUACGAAGCGGUUCACGGCCGAUAACUUUGUCGAUCAGGGUUGCCCACAGGUCCCAGAGCGCGACGCGGCUGGCAAUGUGAUACCGGCGUGGAAGCGGCAGAUGUUAGCGCGGAGAGCCGCGGAGAAAGCGCGGAGAGAUCUGGAAAGAGAGCUCGCGGGCGAAGCGGAGAGACGGAGAGCCGCGGCUGUGCCUGCGUGGAAGAGGCAGCUGUUGGCAAGAAGGGAGGAGGCGGAGAAUCGAUUGCGGCAAUCGCUAUACACGCCGAAAGUGGAAGACAGCAACGGCAUCACAGAGCGAGAGAGAGAACGGGAGCGGGAGCGCGAGCGAGAGGGAUGGCGCGCGCUGGGCGGCGGGCGAGCCGUGUCCAUAGAUAACAUAACUCUGUGUUAUGACGCGCCGCCGCCGCCCGCUCGUGCGCCGUCGGAGAUGAAACUGUCAACUGAACAUUGUAAUGGACACGCAACAACUAACGACAAGCACGGUGUCGAGGAGGAAGAAAGCGCCAAAAUUAUCCCGUGGAGAGCUCAACUGCGCAAAACUAACAGCAAACUUAACUUACUCGAAUAGGUUUAAUGCUAUUGUUAGUGUUUUAUUAUUUACCUAAAGGAAACUAGACGUGUAUUCGUUUCUAGAAGGUUCUAAGUAUGUCGUCGACUACGCUUAGAUAUUCCAAAUUAAGACGAAGUAGGCAGAGCGUGACACGGAGAAAUUAGAAAUGUAUUGAAAUAUAUUAUUAUACUUACGAAUACUUUCAAAAAAGUUUAUUACUGAAUGUAGGGGGAAAAAAUUAUGAUAAGUUUUGUUUUAAUAAAGGCUCAGCUACAAAAGAAUUUAAUAAUGUACUCAUGAAUUAGGUAUAGCGAAGAUUUAAUAUAUUGUUCGAAACUGGUGCUCAUAGUGUGUAGAUAAUAAAAGAUAUUUAUGUGAUUGCUCACAAUAUUAUGAGUGCUUAACAAAGUAUGUUAUCAAAUUUUCUUAACAUAAGAUCUGAAUAGGCACUAUUUUUGUUUGUUGAAGAACUCCAAUAAAAUAUAAAAAAUUUACUGUCUUAUUUUUAUACCUUGGACAAUCUAAGGCGUAAAAAUUUCAAUUGUCCAUUUUAUUUUUGUAUUCUAUUUCGAUUAAGUAAGUAGCUAUAAAGUAGCGUUAACAAAACAAUGUAAAAAUGUACUUACGAAGUAAUUAUAUAACGAUAUAUGGAUAUAUUUACUGCCUUAUGUUUACGAAGCCAGAGAGUGCUAGUAUUUAAUACGAAUAUUUAAUAUAAAAUUAAGUUUUCUAACAAGCGAGUGAUACCAUUGUUGCAAUACUAGUUUGUAAGCUUAACAAGCUUUGCGUGUACAUUCAAAGAUUUAUCCAAAAAAUUCUUUCGAUAUAUUUUUUGGGAUUAACUUUUUUUGGUAACUGUACUUUUUAUAUGAAUUUGUAUGAGAUAUGUUGUUAAUAAAAUCUGUUGCUUA